AUGGUUGUGAAAUGGAAAGAUUCAUUUUUCCGUAAAGACCUGCUUCUAAAGCAAAUCGGUAAACUACCAAGUAAGCCGCGGAAGUCCAACCUUCCAACUGAUCAGAUCUACCCACGUGGCAUGGGUGGCUUAGAAGUGAUGGGGAGUGAAGGAGUGAUUGGGAUUGAAGGAUCGUGUGAUGUGGAGAACACAAUAUUUGUGGCGGUGGGGAAGAAUGUGAAAGAAAGCAAAUCAACUUUGUUGUGGGCUUUGGAGUAUUUUGCUGGCCGGAAAUUGUGUCUCUUGCAUGUUCAUCAUCCUGCUCGAUUCCUUCAUUUCAUUGAUGAAAAACUUUCUGGGAGUAAACUUAGGCAAAAAGCAUCAAGGGCCUUCCGAGAACUUGAACGACAAAAGAUGCACAAACUUUUAAAUCGGUACCUUCGGGUUCUUGACAAAGUAGAGGCGGGUAAGAUAUGGAUUGAAAUGGAGAGAGUUGAUGAAGGUAUAGUGCACAUCAUUGCUCAGAAACACAUAAGGUGGCUUGUCAUGGGAGCAGCAACAGACAAACAAUAUUCAAAGAAUUUAUCAGAAUUGAAGUCCAAGAAAGCAAUCUAUGUAUUGGAGAAAGCUCCGGCUUAUUGUAAAAUUUGGUUUCCAUGCAAAGGAUUUCUUAUUUGCAGCAGGGGAGCACUAUUAGAACAAGAUGAUAUAGUGGAUGCAUAUGAAUAUGAUAAUGAAUCAGAGUCUUUGGAGCAUCUAAAUAAUACAAAAGUUAUUGACACUCCAAAUAAUUCAAAAGUUAUUGAAGCUCCUACAUCAAUUGAUUUGAUGAUGGUUGAAUCUAAAGAAGAUAGUUCUACUUUAGCCUUAUCCAAUGAGCCUCCCGAGUGUCUGGUUCGUUCAUCAUCGACAAAUUGGCUGGAAGAAAGACCUCAAGGUCAGGGAACCAGUGACCUGUAUCAUAAAAUAGAGCAUGCUACUAUACUUGCCGAGAAGUCAAAGCAAGCUGCAUUUAAAGAGUCAAUUAAAAGAUGGAAUGCUGAAGAGGAUGCCAGGGAGGCCUUACACAAGAAUACUCGAACCAGUGUUCGGGACAAAACUAAUCGUGCAGUUCUUUUAUUUCUUCCCCACUUGCUCUUUCUCUAUUUCAUCUCCCUCAAUUUCUCAUCACUUUCUCUCCCGAAUUCUCGUGCUCUCGCGUCAACUCUCCUCUUCCUUUCCUUUCCCCUUCUUUUCUCUCUUCCUUCAUUCCUCCUAAUUGGUGCUGCACGCACCUGUCUUCUCAGUCAUUCUCCGACGACUGCCGCCGCGAUUUUCCGGCUAGUGUUGCCGCGUUUUCAAUCAGGCCGCCUGCCUUUCCGUUUCCGGCGAGUCUACUCCACCUCCACCUGUUGUUCGAACUACAGUAGGGCUGAAACAUUAAAAAGUAUAUGCAUGGAGGAGACAAGCCAGAGAAAAGAACUGGAGGAUAUGUUAGCUAAACAAAGGCAAGAAAUAGAAAGCAUGAAAAAUCAACACCUUCAGUGCAUAGAAGAACUUAAAGUAAUCCGGGAGCAAACACCAGUGCUAGAAAGUCGAAUCACAGAGACCCAUCAUCUGGAGAAGGAACUAGAGGAAAAAAUUAUCCAAGCUGUUGAAUUAUUGGUCAAGUUCAAGGAACAAAGAGAUGAAUUGCAAACAGAAUGUGAAACGGCCACCGAGGAAGUUAAAAAACUACAAAAAAUGUCAGAGAAGGAAACUAUGGGGUCAAGCUGCUCGCAGUUCUUCGUAUUACCUUUUUUGGAGAUAAGUGAGGCUACUCAGAACUUUGACCCAUCCUUGAAGAUCAGAGAAGGAAAGUCAGGAUGUGUUUAUAAGGGCCAUCUUCGUCAUGUAAAGGUAGCUAUAAAGAUGUUGCCCUCGCAUGGUUCCCAAAGUGAUCUGGAAUUUGAAAAUGAGGCAGUAGUUUUGAGUAGGGUGAGGCACCCAAACCUUGUACAACUGGUCGGCAUCUGUCCGGAAUCUAGAUCACUUGUAUAUGAGUAUUGUGAAAAUGGCAACCUUGAGGAUCGCCUGGUUGGUGAGGGAAAAACACCAUCUCUUCCAUGGCAGAGUCGAGUUAGAAUUGCCAUUGAUGUUUGCUCUGCUCUUGCCUUUCUUCACUCUAGCAAUCCUUGCAUUGUCCAUGGGAACAUAAAGCUCACAAGCAUUCUCCUUGAUUCAAACUAUGUUGGUAAACUAAGUAAUACGGGAUUAUUUCGUUUUGUUAGUAAUGAAGGUAGAAACCCCACGACAAGCAAUGAUAUGAGCUCGGAGGCUUCGGUUUAUGUGGAUCCUGAAUUUUUUGAGACUGGACAGCUUACUACAGAAUCAGACGUGUACUCGUUUGGAAUUGUUUUGUUACAACUGUUAACUGGAAGGAAGCAAGCAUCGGGUGUAGUGAAGGAUGUGAAAUGUGCAUUAGAAAAUGGGAACUUCGAAACAGUUUUGGACUUCUCCGCUGGAGAUUUUCCUCUUGAGCUGGCAAAACAGGCAGCUCUCUUGGCCUUACGAUGUUGUGAAACGGAGAGAGCGAAUCGUCCAAACAUUGUCUCGGAUAUAUGGAGACUGGUCCUGCCAAUGAGAAAUCUGUGCCCUCCAGCCUCUCUAGGCACUGAGGAAAAGCGUCGAAUUCCCUCCCAUUUUGUCUGUCCUAUUUUCCAGGAUGUCAUGAAAGAUCCGUGUAUAGCAGCAGAUGGUUUUACAUACGAGGCCGACGCUAUAAAAGGAUGGUUGAACAGCGGCCACAAGACAUCACCAAUGACAAACCUUCAGCUCGAUCACUGUGACUUACUACCUAAUUCUGCUCUUUAUUAUGCAAUUCAAGAGUGGGAACAACAACCAUGAAACCAACCACAGUCCUUUACUCUUGCUAUGACUGAUCAUGUUCAUCAAGUUUCAAUAGCAGUAGGCAAUUGGUCUUGUAACUUUAAUUGGUCUUUAAACUUGAACUGGUCUUUUAACUUGUAAUUUAGCAGCUUGAAUUUUGCAUGUAAUCAUAUCAUACACUAGACUAAUUGCAAAAUGAGUACUGAAUUUAAAACAUAUAUGUAACUUGAGCUUUAAUUUUUGCAAAAAACAGUUGCUCUCUUC